GAGGCGGCGGCCAUUUUGGCUCAGCUGCGAAAGUGACAGGAGAGCGGAGGAGAGGGCGCCGGAGAAGGAGCGCUGGCCUCAGCGCCUCGACCCUCGCCUCCGCCGCCCUCCCGCUCGCAGGGCCGCCAUGUCGGAAACGCCCGGCGGAGACGCCCGCUCUGAGGAGACUGGCGAGGAGAAACAGGAUACGCAAGAGAAAGAAGCAGCCCAGCCGGAGAGAGCAGAGGAGGCGAAACUCAAAGCCAAAUACCCAAAUUUGGGACUUCAGAAGCCCGGAGGCUCUGACUUCUUGAUGAAGAGACUCCAGAAAGGGCAAAAGUACUUCGACUCCGGUGACUACAACAUGGCCAAAGCCAAGAUCAAGAACAAGCAGCUGCCAACGGCCGGGACGGACAAGAACCUGGUGACGGGUGACCACAUCCCCACGCCCCAAGACCUCCCUCAGCGGAAGUCCUCUCUCGUCACCAGCAAGCUGGCAGGGUAACCUACACUCCUGAAUGAGCUUUUCCUUUUUUCGGUAGGGUUUCUGGCUUUUUGGGUUUUCCCCCCUCUCUUUUCCCCUUGGACUUUGCUGUACGAUAGGGCUGGGACGCACAGGACUCUCGUAGCGGCGACCGGAAGCCGAGGCCUGGACUUAUUUGGACCACGUUGUGGGUCGGGCUCCAAUCUGCGCCUGCUUUCCGUCGCUUGCUCGUCCCUCCACGGCAGAAGAAAGCCACAGAGAAUCGGCUCCUGAUGUCCCUUUGCCACUGUGAACCUGAAGCGAGCAGAAUGCCGAGGGGGGUUAGGAGUGUUAUAUAAUGCUAAGGAUGAGGAUUGCACUUUGUGUUUCUAUGCGAUCGCCAGAGAGUACAAAGCCCAAGAGGGGUUUUCUCAUUGCUGGCUGCGUGGCACGGUUGGCAACGGAUCCGUUCGAAAGAUUAGUAUUGUAAUAUCACCGCUGAAGCGAGAUACAAAGGUUCUUGAACCACGGCCACGUCACUUUAUCACCUCUUUAUCGCCUCCCCGAUGAUUGGGAACAAAGGAUUAUCUCCCCGCCAAGAGUCACCGGCCAUAUCUCUGUGGGUGAGAUGCAAACGCCCGGGGGUCAAAGACAGCAUUUCCAUUUUGGGUAUUUUUGUUGGGCAGAAUAAGCCCAUUACGUCCGCCAAGGCUGUUUUGAGCUUGUUCUAGGAAGGCUGGGACGAGCUUAUCGGUAGCGCUGGGCUCCAUAAGGUUGGGAUGAAUGGGAUAUCUUUCAGCCAAAUCCCUCCAGGAAAUGAGAUGGCGAUUUAUUUACCCCCUGCAGUUCUUCCUGGGGUUGAAGGCCACCACAAAACAAGUGUCACGCUUGGUCCAAAGCACAUGUGUCAAACCCAAGGCCCACCAUGUCAUUUUAUAGAACCCUAUGUUGGGGAAUCUGAGCUGUUAGGCUCAAAAAUAACCCUUGGUUGGGCUGAUUCCACCAUAAAUACAGCAGAAUACCAGAAGUUAACUUCAUAACCAGCAGAAAUUAAUAUGUGUUGAGCUGAGAUGAGCGUCCAUUCCUUAGGAUGGAACUCCGGUAUUCCUCGUUGUUAGAUCUCAUGACUAGAGCUGAUGGGAGUUGGAUUAAAGUCAUAUCUGGAAGACUGAUUUGUUCUGUUUAGUCCAGAGAGUGGGGUUUUGGUUUAUAGAUAAGAUUUGUGGCUAUGUCUGACUUCAAAAUGUCCUUUCGCCUUUCCCCAAUCUCAAAACCACAAGGGCCAUUGGGUUGCAGUUCCCAUCAUCCCCAGUCUUUGUGGCAGAUUAUCAAACGAGAUGGGGUUCUUGUUCCGUAACAUUUCGGGACCCAAAUAGGGCAUUGACCACUAUGUUUAAAAUAUAUAUAGUUGGACCUCUGUAACCGUGGAUUAUCCGCCCUUUGAAGGCAACCGUAAGGCAUAUGUGGCCCUUGAUGAAACUAGAUUUGACAGCCCUGAUCUCAAGGCUGUGGGAAGAGCCUGAGCUGAUAAGGCAGCUUUUAUUGGGUCCACUUAGGGAGGAGUAAGGAGCAUGCAGGAGUUUAUGGCUUUGCAGUGUUGUUUCUCAGGUGGUCAGGUUUGGUCUAGAGUUGGAACCACUCUUGCUGACCCAUGUCCUAUUUAGUCACUUUGGGAGUGAGAUGUAUGCGGAAGGGACAUAUCCAUUUCACUUGUUUCAACUUUCUUCCAGUUCGAUUUCCUCAGAAGUUUCACAAUCUUGUGCCGAUAGGGAUUGAGAAGGGUUGAGAGGAGACAUGAUAGCCAUGUAUAGUGAAAGGCUGCCAUAAAGGAAGACGGAGUAGGCUUGUUUUCUGCUCCCCUGGAGUCUAGUUCUCCAUUGAGACAUAGGUUAAUUGAAUAUUAAGAAACAGUGGAACUCUCUGCCUCUGAGUGUGGUGGAGGCUCCUUCCUUGGAUGCUUUUAAAAAGAGACUGUAUGGCCUUCUAUUCAGGAGCCUCUGGUGGCCUAGGGGAUAAAAGCCUUGGGACUUGAAGAUUGAGUUUUUGACCUGAAGGCUGCCAGGUUCGAAUCCCACCCGGGGAGAGUGCUCCAGCUCCAUGCGGGGACAUGAGAGAAGCCUCCCACAAGGAUGGUAAAAACAUCAAAACAUCUGGGCGUCCCCUGGGCAACGUCCUUGCAGACGGCCAAUUCUCUCACUCCAGAAGCAACUCCGGUUGCUCCUGACAUGGAAAAAAAAUGGCCAUCUAUUGGGGGUGCAUUGUGUUUUUCCUGCCUGGCAGAAGGGGGUUGGAUUGGAUGGCCCUUGGGCACUCUUCCACCUAUUCUAUGAUGAUCUGGAUCCAUCACGGAAAUCCUAGAACACGAUGAGCAACUAACUGUCAGGGUUAGUUGGCUGCAUUGAAACCCCUGCCAAUAAUAUUAGCAUGACUUCUGAUUCACAUCCUCCCUGCUGGGCCUACAAUGGCCAGGACAUAACUAAGAUGUGGUGAAAUGGCCUCGUGGGAUGCGUUUUGGGGCAGAAAUAACCCUUUCAGGGGUCACAAGAUAGCUUUGGAGGGCAGGUAUGGGUCAUGGCUCACCCUAGAAAAGAAGACUUGAAACCACCUUCUCUGCUCCUGACACAGUUCUGUUCUGUAGAUCUUCCAAUCUUUUUUCUUACCCCAAAGCACCAUUUUAACCAUGCCGUACCCCACUUUGAGCUAUGUAGAGUGGUGUAUAAUAAACAAAAUUAUUUAUUAUCAUAGGCUGCCAGAAUGAGUGAAAUUUGCACCUGCUUUCUCAUGCCAGAUUUCAAGAUAGGUACAGCCUUAUUGUAUUGGGAGGUGAUCUCCUUCCAAAGCAAUCCCAAGGGCCGUUUCGGUCUUUCCACCUUCAAUACAACUGAAUAUAUAUAUAUUCACUAGCUGUGCCCGGCCACGCAUGGUGGUAUGGGAAAUAAAGUAUCUUAUAGUAUCUGCUUAGAACUGGAUUAUAUGAGACCCCUCCUACACAGCUGUAUAAAAUGCACACUGAAGUGGAUUAUAUGGCAGUGUGUAGUCAAGAUAAUCCAGUUCAAAGCAGAUAAUCUAAGAUUAUAAAUGGGUUAUAUAGCUGUGUGGAAGGGCCUUGAGUCUGCACUGCAAUAUAAUCCAGUUAAAAUCAGAUAAUCUGUAUUUUAUAGGCAGUGUGAAAGAGGCCUAACUGAGGCCUAACUGCCUGUCCCUGGGCUGAGUGGGUUGCUAGGAGACCAAGUGGGUGGAACUUAGCCUUCUAACUGGCAGCAAUUGGCUAAAAACAAUUAUUCCUCUCCCUCUAAUUAGGACUUUAUUUUGCUUUUCUUUUUGUUUUAUGAACGUAAAGGCAUGGAUGAGGGGUUGUGCUGCCAAGUUUAGUGUUUCUGGGAUGUGCAGUUUUGUUGUUUUGUCCUAGGCCGAAAUUUCAUUGCCCUUUUAUAUAUAUAGAUAGCAGUGAAUUGUCACAAAGCAAUGGCAGCCAUCUUUAAAUAUCUGAUGUCCUGUAGAAGACAAGGAAACCUUAUUUACUGCUGCUUCGGAAAUCAGAGGUUCCACAUAAACAAGAGGCAGAACUUCUUGACUUGAAGAGAGUGGGCUUUAAGUUGGAUGGGCAUCUCUUAGGAGUGCUUUAGCUGUGUCUUUCUGCAGAGCAUGGGGUUGGACUAGAUGGCCCUUGGGGGUCUCCUCCAGUUCUACUAUUUAGCCCCGAAAAUCUCUCCCUCUUGUUGCUUUCAUCUUGUUCCUGGCAGCCUUUGAAAACACCCGUAUGGGAUAAUUCAAGUGGCAGUGACGUCUUUAGAACCAAGAGCCUUCUCAGAGAAAGCACAAGAUAUUCAUCCCUUUAUUAUUAUUUUUUAAAUAAGGGCUUUUCUCACCUUCAGUAAUUCACUCCCAAGAGUUGGCCAGGCUGGAGUUGUGUUCGCUAGUCUUAGGGAUCAGAUGCCGAACUAGAAAUGAAAUCUCCAAACGCGGGGAUGUAUUAGUCCCCAUUAGAGACUUGAACUUUUGAGGUUCGCUGGGAAAAUUCCCCAAAGAAAAAGUGCAGGAGAGGGAGCUGCCUUUUCAAAUGGAAGGUUCUUCAAAUAUAGUCAGAGAAGUCAAUGAAGGGGAAGAGUUAGACCCUUUCUCUCAUGUCCUAUGGGAUUUUAACUUUGCCUCCCUUUAGUGUUGAGGAUAUUCUCAUAAUUUCCUGACCUCAUUGAAAAGAAAGCAUUAGGAGACAGUGUGUUGUCAAAGGCGUUCAUGGCCGGGAUCACAGGGUUGUUGUAUGUUUUCCGGGCUGUAUGGCCAUGUUCUAGAAGUACUCUCUCCUGACGUUUUGCCCACAUCUAUGGCAGGCAUCCUUAGGUUUCUAGGCCAAAGUCCUUUCACAGGAUCGAAAAGGCUUUGAAGCAGUGAGGUGGGUCCAGUUGAGACUACAAGAUGAAGGAGGUUGUUACUGCCUUUGGAUGUUUUUUUAAAAGCCGAACAUGGCUGGCUUCAUUUGUUUGCAGGUCUGGGAGUGGUUAUUUAUUUUUCAAUAGGGAGCAGUGAUGGCAUGGAACUAUGUCCUCUUUCCUCCCUGCAUUUCUUCAGGUUGGCCUCAGUUUCCUACUGGGAGUUACGUAGGCUGAGCAUAGGACCCGGACCCAUUUUCAGGUGCAGCAAGAUGUUGGAGAUGUGCUUGAACCAAUGGCAGCCGUAACAGAAAUCUAAACAUCUGCCUUGGAUGAAUGGCUUCCUCACUACCAAGGUGGCCUCCGGUGGCCUAGGGGAUAAAACCCUCGUGACUUGAAGGUUGGUUGCUGACCUGAAAGCUGCCAGGUUCGAAUCCCACCCGGGGAGAGCGCGGAUGAGCUCCCUCUAUCAGCUCCAGCUCCAUGCGGGGACAUGAGAGAAGCCUCCCACAAGGAUGGUAAAAACAUCCGGACAACGUCCUUGCAGACGACCAAUUCUCUCACUCCAGAAGCAACUCCAGUUGCUCCUGACAAGAAAAAAAAAACAACUACCGGUGGUUUUGUUUGCAGAGCAAAUGGCUCUGAUGGGGCAGCCAAACUCUGCCUUAAUGCUAAAGGUGGAAAGGAGACACAAAAGAUGAGAAAGUGAGGAGGCUUCCUUUUUGUUGCCCUGGAGACUAGGCCUCAAUGAAGCCAUGGCUUCAAAUUCUAGGGAAAGGAGAUUCCAAGAACUUCCUGACUUUGAGAGCUGUUCAACAGUGGAACUCUCUGCCUCAGAGUCUGGUGGAGGCUCCUUCUUUGGAUACUUUUAAGCAGAGGCUGGAUUGCUAUCUAUUGGUGGUGCUUUGUUUGUGCUUUCCUACCCUGGCAGAAAGGGUUUGGACUGGAUGGCCUUUGGGAUCUCUUCCAAUUCUAGAAUUCCCAUAUUUUUUUGCAGAGAGAGAUUAUAGAGCCACAAUGCCCUGACAUGCUGGGAGCCACACUGUUCCAGAUGUGGGGAGUCCUUUACCCCUUUUUCAUCAUCAUCAUCAUCAUUUAAUUACUUAUUAAUCGCCCUCCAUCCACGAUGCUCUAGGCGAUUUACAAGAUAAAAUUGUAAAGGGUAAAAAUACAUACAUACAAAUAUUGAUAAAAUUAACAUAGAUUAAAAGUUCUAGUAAAGAGCCAGAGAGCUUUCAUUUCAUAGGAAAGGAAGAAGCCAGGCAUGAAAGCAGACACUCUCACACUCUUUGAUAUUAGAAUUGGGAUCCUCUUCGAUAUCGGAUCUCCCUGAGCCAUAGCAGUGUCUCCGAACUCCUUAAAACUCUGUAACUUUCUGCAAAAAGUGCUUUUUGAGGUCUCGACCAUAUCAAGACUCACAAUCCUCCUUUCGCUCCCUUCGUUGGUCCUGCGGGUGGAUGGGUUUCUAUCCCUGUAUUUAUUUACCUGUUGUUGAAUCCGCUGCUUGCACCCGAUUCACAACCCAUAGAGUAGCAGCUCCCAUUGUUAGCAACGGCAGCCUCAGCUUUGCCUGAGUUCAUUCAGAACGUCGUCCUAUUCCUUUCCUCCGAUUCUCCUGCCAUGUUCCUUUCUUUUUUUUUUUUUCCUUCUUCCGGAUUCCUGCUCCUUCUCCAGCUCUCUGCCGUUUUGUCCCGGUCGUCACUGUAAAUAGAUAUGAAUCAUAUAUAUAUAAAUAUAUAAAUAUAUAUACUUUUGUACAUUGCUGUCAUCUUUUGGAUCUUCCAGUGUUUGCUUCCUUUUUUUUCUAAUAAAAUGUGUAAAGGGAGGGGAAAAGACUUCCAAUGCCAAAAUGAAACUCCGAAAACACUCCGCAUCCACCUUCCACAGCUUGCGGUCUUGUACCGUUUGGGCUUCUUGUAACCAAUAGAUUUGGGGUUUACUGUCUUUUGGAGGGGUUUCGCCUCUCCCCCCCUCCCUGUAUUCGCUUGGGUCCUGGGCACGUUUCCUCGUGUGUGAAGGGAAAGAGCCGGCGAGUGAUAACCGUUUGGAAAUAAAAGUAACCCUUGUCUCAA